AUGACAACCUCUCUGAAAACCAAUUUCAUGCCUCCGAGUUUGAUCUCGAAUCUUCAACAAGUUUUGGCUCUCAAAAGUGAUGCUACAGAGAAGCAUGCUUCUGAACCAAACAAAGUUUCUUGUAAUUCUUCUUCUUCUUCAUGUUGCUCUUUGCUGCCUUCUGAAGACAAGCAGUGUCCAAAGCCAGUGGUUUUAGUCACAAAUGGAGAGGGCAUCGACUCUCCUGGUCUCACAUUUCUUGUCCAAGCUCUCCUGGAUUCUCAUCUUGAUGUUUACGUCUGCGCUCCUAAAUCAGAUAGAUCAGUGGCUGGCCACUCUGUAACUGUUGGUGAGACAAUUUCAGUGUCUUCUGCACAAAUCAAUGGCGCCACGGCCUUUGAAGUAUCCGGGACUCCUGCGGAUUGUGUCUCUUUAGCAUUAUCAGGAGCACUGUUCAACUUUUCAAGGCCUACUUUGGUAAUCAGUGGAAUAAACAGAGGAUCAAGUUCUGGAAUCAGCUUGUUCUACUCAGGUGCUGUUGCUGGAGCUAGAGAGGCAUUGCUAUGCGGUGUACCCUCUCUGUGCAUAUCAAUGAAUUGGAAGAAGGAUGUAAGCUGUGAAAGUGACAUGAAGGAUGCAGCGGCUGUGUGCUCACCAUUGAUAUAUGCAACUGUAAAGGGCAUCCAGGAGGGAGUUUUCCCCAACAGUUGUUUACUCAAUAUUGAGAUUCCGUGGUGUCCUUUGACAAAUAAGGGCUUCAAGGUGACGAAGCAGAGUCAGUGGAGGUCCUCUUUGAGCUGGAAAGCUGUGCCAACAAAAAAACAUCCUCCCCCUGCAAAUUUCAUGUCCAGCCAGCAAAGCCUUGGUAUUCAACUAGCACAGCUUGGCCGCGAAGCUUCAAUAGCUGGUGCAGCUCGCCGCUUGAACUCUCAGCGCAAGAAUGUAGAGAUUGAAUCGGUUGGUGUAGCCAGAAAAUUGAGCUCCCAGAAAACCUUAAAAUUCUUUCGCUUAGAGUUCUUAGAGGAGCAACAGGAAAAUGCAGAUGAAGAUCUAGAUAUCAGAGCACUUGAAGAUGGAUUUGUUACGAUUACUCCUAUCUGUUUAUCUCCAACUGUUCAAUCUGAAAUCCAAACGUCAGUGUCAAAUUGGAUUGCUGGUGCAGUACUUUCGAAAAAUCAGUUGGCAUUAUAG